AUGUCAUCUAUUAUUUGUUGUUUCGGACAACAAAGAGAAGAAAUAAAAAAUAAUGGAUCAGGUAAAGUAAUAUCUAAAGAAUCAAAAAAUAAUAAAAAAGUUAUAAAAGUUUUGUUAUUGGGAUCAGGUGAAUCAGGAAAAUCAACAUUUAUUAAACAAAUGGUCUUAAUACACGGAGCAGGAGAAUUUAGUGAAGAAGAAAUAAAAGAAUAUCAAAAACAAAUAUAUCAAAAUGUUGUUAUGGCAAUGCGUAUAUUAAUUAGUGCCAAGGAGAAACUAGAAAUUGAAUGGGGAAACAAUAUAAAUAAAAAAUAUGUUGAAUCUGUAAUAAGACUUGCAACAGAUAACAUUGAAAGAACAAUUAAAAUUAAUGAUUUCUUAGAAAUAUGUCCAAAGAUUAAAAAACUAUGGAAUGAUAGUGGUAUUAAAGAGACAUUUAAUAAAAGAAAUAGAUUUCAAUUAACAGAAAGUUGUAAAUAUUUCUUUGAUAAUUUAGAUAGAAUAGGAAGUAAAGAGUACCUUCCCACAAAUCAAGAUAUUUUGUAUUGUAGAAAAGCAUCAAGAGGAAUAACAGAACAUUAUUUUGAAAUAAAAAAAAUACCAUUUAUGUUUAUUGAUGUUGGUGGUCAGCGAUCACAAAGACAAAAAUGGUUUCAAUGUUUUCAAGAUAUUACAGCAAUGUUAUUUAUGGUGGCAUCAUCAGAAUAUGAUCAGGUAAUUUAUGAGGAUCGACGAACUAACAGACUUGUGGAAUCAAGAAGUAUAUUUGAAACAGUUGUUAACAAUAAAUGUUUAAAAAAUGCUGGAGUUAUAUUAUUUUUAAAUAAAACUGAUAUUUUAAAAGAGAAGUUACCUCAAAGUAAUAUAAAGAAUUAUUUUGCUGAUUUUAAAGGAGAUCCAUUAAAAUUAAAUGAUGUACAAUGUUUUAUAAUUGAAAAGUUUGAGAAAACACGUCAAGAUAAGUAUCGACCUUUUUUUUAUCAUUUUACAACAGCAAUUGAUACAGAAAAUAUUCGUCGUGUUUUUAAAGAUUGUCGAGAAACAAUUUUAGAAAUGAAUUUAAAAAUGCUUAAUAUGCAAUAA